GGAAAGUAAGCAUGUGUGCCUGUUUUCCUCUCUAGUGUUUCUUUCAUCUCUCUCACCAACACAGCCAAAGUUUUCAGAUCUUUCUCUCACCUACGUCAUGGAUGUGAUUUUCUGACCAACCUUUCCGUGAACGGUUUUGAAGCAUCGGUCAGUUCUUCACAGUCACUUGGACGAGUCGGCCGGAAUCUUGACGAAGCCUACCUUGAGCGGAAGAAAUUAAUUUAGUGCUAUCUACUAACAGUGCUUAGUAAAAAAACACAUUACGCCAAGAAAAGUUUUCCUAUUUUUCCAUUUCGUUUGUUAAUACGCGCGUGAAAGUGUGAGUGUGUGUGUGUGCGAUUACAGAAGACGCACUCCGGAAACGGAACAAGUGACCACACGAGGCAGGAAGGACCAACACACCGUGACGACGACGACAACCGCAUUGUGUGGUGCCCGUGCAGAGACAAACCGUGGAAGCCGGCAUUUUUUCGCGAAAAAAGGUGUUAACAUGAAACGCCGCUACGCGCCAGAGAACACGCCGCGAGAUGAGGAAACGUUGCUAGCUCCAUAUUCGCAGGAAGACGUUCCACUGAACGUGAAAAUACCAGCACCCAGCAGCGAUAUUGCUUUGAGGUCAGCGUUACGGCGACUGAGGGCCAACAUGCUGAAAAUCGUGGAAAGACAAGUAGCAACUCCACAUGAGUUGUGGAGUUUGUUGGAAGAACAGAAGGAGUUGCGGGGGAUGUUGUCGACGCGGACACCGUUGCGGAAUUCGGUCGAGAUGUUUUUGGACCUGUUGGAAGCGUCGCUGCGGGCGAAAAUGCAAUUGCGGUAGAUUGUCGGUGUAGCGUGAAUUUAUAGGCCCCCAAAACCAAAGCUAAAAACUCGAUUCGCCACCUACAUUCGAGUAGGAGAACUAUGGUGCAAGGUUACGUUUACGUUUUUGCGUGAUAAGUGCAAAGG